CAGCCUGUGUGUUCUGCUCUGCGCGUCGUGUAAUCAGCUGAACUAGGCAGGGGGAGGAAGAGGAAGAAGAUGGAAGGGAAUAGGGACGAAGCGGAGAAAUGUAUUGUAAUAGCAAGGAAAGCUCUCGAAGCUGGCGACAAGGAAAAGGCAUUGAAAUUUUUAAAUAAAGCCGAGAAGCUUUAUCCUACUGAUAAAGCUAAAGUCCUGCUGGAUGCACUGACAAGGAAUGGAAACUCGGCUGGAAGUGGUGCUUCUUGCAGGAAGCCCACAGACAGCACUGAUGGAGGCAAGUCAGAGAAAGAGAGCAACUCCUCAGGCGCCGGAGAGACUGCAAAGAGCUUCACCAAGGACCAGGUGGAGGGAGUACAAAGGAUAAAGAAAUGCAAAGACUAUUAUGAAGUGCUGAGUGUCACUAAAGAGGCCAAUGAGGAGGAGCUGAAGAAAGCUUACAGAAAGCUUGCACUGAAAUUCCACCCUGAUAAAAACCAUGCACCAGGAGCAACGGAUGCAUUCAAAAAGAUUGGGAAUGCAUACGCAGUGCUCAGUAACUCAGAAAAGCGAAAGCAGUAUGACCUGACGGGGGGAGAAGAUACCACGUGCAGUCCCCAGGGCCAGGGAGGAUUCGACUUCCAUAGGGGCUUUGAAGCAGACAUCACGCCAGAGGACCUGUUUAACAUGUUCUUCGGAGGGGGCUUCCCUUCAAAUAGCGCAAGUACAUUUACAAAUGGCAGAGCCAGAUACAGCCCUCAAUAUCAGAAUCAAACCAGACGAGAGAGGCAGGAGGACAGGGCUGAUGGUGGGUUUUCAAUGUUUAUUCAACUUAUGCCCAUUGUAGUCCUGAUUCUAGUGUCUGUUUUAAGCCAGUUGAUGAUCACGACCCCACCUUACAGCCUGUAUCCCAGACCGGCGACCGGACAGACCAUUAAACGGCAGACAGAAAACCUGGUCAUAGAUUAUUACGUCUCAAAAGACUUCAGAUCGGAGUAUAAGGGGAUAGCACUACAAAAAAUUGAAAAGGGUGUGGAAGACGAUUAUGUUUCCAAUAUCAGAAAUAACUGCUGGAAAGAACGGCAAACAAAAACAGACUUGCUGUAUGCAGCCAAGGUGUACCGAGAUGAGCGGCUGCGAAGAAAGGCUGAAAUAAUGACCAUGGACAACUGCAAAGAGUUAGACCGGCUCAACGAUCUGUUUCGGGGCGGGUGAUCUGUCUCUCCUUCCCCCAUUUAAUGUAUUCAUGUUUUAUAACUUUGUUUUUUUUUUUAUUUUUUUUUAUUAUAAAAUAGCCUUAUUGUGGAAGUAAUUGAAGCCACUCCUAAAAAUGCCUUGUUGCAUCUUUAGCGACCAAAAAAGAGAGAGGUUAAUGUGCACCAAUGCUUUUUCCUCUAAGAAGCCUUCAAACGGAAAGGGGAGCAUUAUAGGAGAUAAUGAGACUGUACUAGGCUUGACUUUGUAUGGCACAAUCUGCCUGUAGUCAUCAGCUUUGUGCAUUCUUUAUCAUUUCGGUAAGCAUAUUUUUUAUUUUGUCCUUUUAAGACACAUUGAUACUUCAUUUUAUUUAACUGAUUAAAUCUGGUCUUUUUAAAUUAACCCAUUAUAAUAUUACUUUUUUGUUUCAUGAUUUGAACAACAUUUUUAUCUGUGUAUUUUAUUUUAUUUAUUUUUUUAGUACUUCCACUCUUGUUUUCCAUCAGUUCAGAAGAAAAUACUUUUAAUAUAGCUGAAGGAGAACUGGACAACAGUUAUAAUAUUAAUCUAUAUAUAUAUAUAUAUAUAUAUAUAGUCUGACAUUUCUGUAUAUAAGAUCUCUUAGUGUCCUGCUUACCUACAGUACUGUAAAGUUAUUGUUUGCUUUCAGAAUUUUAAUAAUGAAGAAUUUAACUAAGAAAUAAAUAUGUACGUUGUUUACUGUGCUCAGAUUACGGAUAAUGUGUGCAGGUGUCUUUUGUUCAGUGGUGCUUGCUCCACACACUUGGGUUUUUUGCUGCCGUGAUGCUGCCACAGCCAGGUUUUCCAUCGUUAGUUGCCUUACUAACUAUCCAAGAAUAAAUUCCUCCUGGAAAGACUCUCCCAAGGUUGAUUUGUGUGGGAAUGAGAUGGGGAAGCAUAUCUGUGUAACAUAAACUUCAGUGCACAAUGCUUCACCUACAGCAUGGGCUUCAGUACAUCGCGCAAAUAUGUUUCCCCACCUCGCUUCCAUAGCACUGUUUGCAACAAUAGUUAGUAAGAAUUAUAAUGACCCAAGUAGAAGCAACAACGGACAUUCCUACAGAACACACAUAAUAUGAUAGUAAAUGGAAAUAUUAGGAAAUAUAGAUAAGUGUUAAGUGAGUAUUUCUUGCUUUGUUCAUAAGAAACCUGGUACAACUGGUGAGCAAUGUAACACCCUCAUUGUAUAUUUGGAAGCAGUUUUCUGUGUUUAAUCUAUUCAGUAUAUUACAAGCUUUUUAGAAAGGGCAAUCCAAAUAAAGGUUGAGAUUUGUUGUCUAGUCAGAUCCAGCCUUCCAAUAUCUGAAUAAAAUGGAAAGGAAUCCCGUUACCCACAUUCCAAGAUCUUGCUGCAAACGCAUUCUGCAGCUAACCUGGUAAAUCAUGGCACAUACAUUCUUGUUUAAGCGUUUAUAGUCCAUGAAAUAAUUCCAUAAAUCUUACCUUUAACCUGCAGUGUAAGUAUAAGGUGCAGUGCAAGGCUAUAUAAGAAAGCCCCUUGAUCUGCUUGCUGCUUUUAAGUCUGGAUUUUAUAAUAUGUAGUGUCUUGGAGCUCCAGAUAAAAAAUGAUAUUAAAUUCGAGUAAGGAAGCAUGAGAGCAGCUUUUUGAAUUUCCAGGUGUCGGUCAUUGGCUGGUUACAAAACACAAACUGGAACAUAGGGAGUCAAAUUCUCACCAUUGGAAAGCCUUAUACGGUAUGUGAGGAGGAUUUUAGAAUAAAAUAAAUCUGAUUAGUAGAUUUGGAGGGCCACAAUUUAAAGCAACAUCUGGGUGGAAGCACUCUAAAAAUGUACACUUGAAGUAAUGGCAAAUUUGUUUGUGUUGUAUAUUUGGAGCCAUAGUACAGUAGCUACUAUUAGCACCUCAGUUAUCUUGCAUGCCUGAAAGGAAGGCAAGAUAACUGAGACUGUCUGUCUUGAUUACUAACACCAUAUUUGCUGCAUUCUACAUUCCCUCUCACUAACUAAAUGUGGUUAAUAUAUUUCAAUAUACGAUGCAUUUUUGAUGUUCUGUAUGUAGUCCAUUAACUUAAUUAUUGAAGAAUUACACUCUUGUCUAAUAAAAAGCUAUAUUUCUAUUUUUGUCAUAUAGAUAGAUAUAUAGAUAGAUGGAUAUAUCAAUCUAUCUACGAAAACUACACAUUUGCAAUAACACAUGCUCCCAUUAGGCUGGUAAAAACCCUCAAUAUGUUUUCUGGAUAAUUCACAAAAACUUCCUUUUCUUCCCAACAGAGGGCAAACCUGUAACCUGUGAAAGCUAUAUGGAUUUACUGAUUUACUUUCUGUUUAACCUAAGCAAGAUGUUAAAGAUUAAAAGAAUAGCUUGAAACAUAUUUUGUUCACAUAAGAGCAUGUUGAUAGAACUAUAUCAGUGUGUGUCAUAUAUAUAUAUAUAUAUCUAUCUAAUAUAUAUAUAUAUAUAUAUAUAUAUAUAUCUCUCACAAGUAGGGUAAACUUGCAUAUUCCUUACAUUAAGGAUUCAGGAUGUAGAUUUUUGGCAUGUUUAUCAGUCUGACAUUAAAAAUUGUGUGAAUACUGUAAACAGAUCUGUGACUGUUUUAACCUUAUUCCUCUAUACACAGCACAAUACCAGCUGUAACAUUUUCAUUGUUUUGUCUCUGUAGUCCUGUUGAAAUUGCAAUAAUAACUGGCCACUUCCCAGUAUAAUUUAUCAUUUGUAAAAUGUAUUUAAUGUACGAAAUCUCUUGAACAGAUAUGAAAAUAAAGAUAUUUUGAGUGUGAAAACAUA